AUGGCGACUCUGACGAUGCUGAGAAAUGCCCAUCCGUCAAAUGCAACUUCAGAUAGCGAAAAUGAUGAAGGGGUCCAUGUAAACGGAGUUCGAGAAUCAUUGCAACAUCCGCUACCGAAGAAAGAGCAAGGACAGCAACAACAAUAUCAACAACCACAGAAGCAACAACAACAACAGCAACAACAGCAGUAUCAAAAGCAGCAGCAACAGUUGUCACAAUCACAGGCUUCUUCAGAAUCACAAGGAUCGCAACAUAAGAAAAACAAGUCCAACGGAUCUAUCAAGCACCGAUUGGAGGACGAAAAUGAUGCCGAGGCUAGAAAUUCGACUCGUCGCGAUUCCACCUAUAACACAGAUUCAACAGGAAAAGUUCCUACAGAUAAGGAGGUCAAUUCUCAACCAAGUGCUGGAUUCAACAAUAGCAGCACUGCAUCGUUAAAUUCUCAGUCGACUACAAACGGUACAAGUGAUGUUCCAAGUCAACCAAAUAGAAGAAAGCUCAAAGCUAACUCACUGUCAGCAUCAUCAUCUAGUAGUUCAUUAAGAUCUUUAUCGUCCAAUUCGUCAACAUCCAGCAACUCAUCCCGAAGAGGAUUACCUAGCAGAGCUCAAUAUGCGGUUAUCUUAGUGCUGUCUCCUCUAAAUGGCACAUUCGAAAAAAAGUCACUGGUAGUCCCAUUUGCACCAGAUGUUCUCAAACUGGGUCGCCAAACCAAUGCUAAAACAGCACCUGGUAUCGACAAUGGGUAUUUUGAUUCGAGGGUGCUCAGUCGUCAACAUGCAGAGAUUUGGGCUGACAGGUUGAGUGGUAAGGUUUGGAUCAAAGACGCCAAGUCGUCGAACGGUACAUAUAUCAAUAAGCAAAGACUAAGCUCGGACAACACCGAAAGCGAACCAUACGAGCUAAAGAAGAACGACAUUUUAGAACUGGGUAUUGAUAUCUGCGGUGAUGAUGGAAUUACUCUUGUGCAUAGGAAAAUAUCUGCCAAGGUAGAACGAGUUUCGGUCUUAUCACUUCAGGCUUCAGGAACAACAGGUGAUAGUAAUGGUGAUUUACCACUGUCAACUUCUGGAUAUUUAGCCACCUCGAAAAGCGUCAAUGGUAAUUUUACUUCCGACUUGAAUAUUCAGAACAACACGGGAGCCAAGCACAUAAACGGUAAGAUACUUGGUAUCAAUGGAGGAACAGCUGUGAACAACCUUAAAAGUAUCAACGGGACAAUUCGUAGAUCUGAAUUGAAUGGAUCCAAGAUAAGACGAAUGGGUAUUGGUGGUUCUCAAGCAGGAGGGUUGGGCAAUAAAAAUACAGAUCCUUUGGAUGUAACGUUGUUUGGUGAUAUGGACGACUCGCUCGAGGAUCUUGUUCUGGGACAUACACGAAACAGCGUGGGUGGGUUGUUUAUGCACAAUGGACUUAAUAGUUCUCUGGCGUUUGAGUCUACUAUCAAGAGACUUAUAGGAGAAAUCCACUCGGUCAAAGUAGAAGGUGCCAAAAUCAGGACAGUGACGAAAUUAUUGAAGGAUAUUAAAACGAAGCAAGAGCAAUCUUCACAGCUAGCCUCGUCGGUUCCCGAAGAACUGGUUGCUAAGAACUCAUAUAUUGCGGAGCUCGAGUCACGAUUACAGGAACAAACGACACUUGAUAAACUUCUAGCUGAAGAACAAAGUAAAAGAAAGGUGCUUGAGCAGGAAAACAGUUCACUACAAGAAAAGCUCAGAAAGGUAUCCGAACCUCUACCAUCGCCUGUAUCGACAUCGCCGUCUACAGCCCGUUCUGCUGCCGUAUCACCUAAAGCAGCUUCAACUAUAGAAGUAUUGACAGCGGAAUUAGCUUCUACCAAGGAACAGCUGGCACUAUUUAGACUCCGAGCUGAAAAAGCAGAAGAUCAGGUGACAAAACAGUCGAGUACUAUCGAAGAAUUAAAGAGAUCUUUAGAACAAUUACACCGUGAAAAGGCGAUUCAAGACCAAGAGUUAUUACAAGCACGGUUAAGCAACCAGUCUGAUCCAUCGCUUCCCGGUACAGACUCAACCCAUUUACGGCGGUCAUCAUUCAAUGAUCUACCCCCCUCAUUAAGAAUUGCUGUUAAUAAUGCGAUUUCUCCUACCACGUCUGCAACAGCCAACAAUGGUGAUGACUCUGACCCUAGCACCACACCCCCCAGUUCGUCAGCGAGCCGUGUCCAAACUAGCUCGAGAGCCAAACCGCACACAUCAUCAUCCAUGACUAAGACAAUCCCAAUGACUACCGCACUGGGUGUUGUGGUCCUAGGUAUCAGUCUCAUGUCUUUCAUUAACCGGUUGUCGCGAGACCACUAA